GUCCCCCAGCCCCUUCCUGGGUGGGGAGGGUGAAAGCCGGGCAGCUGUGGCGGCCGGAGAGUCUCUGAGUAGCGGGACCAUCGGCUGCCCGGCUGCACCACGCUUCCCUUCCGUCCUGAGUGCUGCCCGGAGCUGAGCCGCCUCCCGUCCUCACCGCAGGCGCAAGAGAACGGCCCCAGACUCGCUGGCUUCUGAGGGCGGGCGGGGUUCCGCGGGCCCCUGUUCCUCAGAUUCUGCAGCCUGGCCUUGCAGACCUUCUUGUCAGCCCUGGCACCCCACCCCUCCCCGACCCUGGUUCCCCAUCAUCCGUCCGCGGGGAGCCCCAAGGUGUAUAUGGCGUGCCCGCCCCGUCUCCAAGGGUUUCGUGCGAGCCCCCAGAGAAGGCAGGGCCAGGCCUGUUUCUCUGAGCGCAGCCGGGGUGGUGCCUCUCAGAUCCCAUCCGCGCGCCGCCUUCCCUCGCGGAGUUCCCUCAGUUUCCCUCCGGGGCCCAGCCGGGGAAUCCGAGCCGCUGCGGCGGGAGGGGGCGGCGGGAAAUGGUGCCUCGCUCGCCCCAGCGACAUCAAACCCUCGUUUGGCGCGCGGGGACAAUGGCCGUCUUAUUUUCUCCAUUCGCCUUGCACAAUGCCGGACUCUCUCAUUCACCCGCGGCGGUGCGAGCGAGCCAUGUCGGACUUCCGCGUGCACCCCCAGGCCACCGUGGGAGAGGAAGGCGGCGUGGCCCGCUUCCAGUGCCAAAUCCACGGGCUUCCCAAACCCCUGAUCACGUGGGAGAAGGACAGAGUCCCCAUCGACACGGACAACGAGAGGUACACCUUGCUGCCCAAGGGGGUCCUGCAGAUCACAGGACUGCGGGCUGAGGACAGUGGCGUCUUCCACUGUGUGGCCUCCAACAUUGCCGGUGUCCGGGUCAGCCACGGGGCCAGGCUCACCGUGUCAGGCUCUGGCUCCAGGGCCUACAAGGAGCCGACCAUCCUCGUGGGGCCUGAGAACCUCACCCUGACCGUGCACCAGACCGCGGUGCUGGAGUGCGUCGCUACGGGCAACCCGCGCCCCAUUGUGUCCUGGAGCCGCCUGGAUGGCCGCCCCAUCGGCGUGGAAGGCAUCCAGGUGUUGGGCACAGGAAACCUCAUCAUCUCAGACGUGAGUGUCCAGCACUCGGGCGUCUACGUCUGUGCGGCCAACAGGCCCGGCACCCGGGUGAGGAGAACAGCGCAAGGCCGGCUGGUAGUGCAAGCCCCAGCAGAGUUUGUGCAGCAUCCACAGUCCAUCUCCAGGCCGGCCGGGACCACGGCCAUGUUCACGUGCCAGGCCCAGGGGGAGCCCCCCCCUCACGUUACCUGGUUGAAGAACGGACAGGUGCUGGGGCCAGGGGGGCAUGUCCGGCUCAAGAAUAACAACAGCACCCUGACUAUCUCUGGAGUCGGGCCUGAAGAUGAGGCCAUCUAUCAAUGCGUGGCCGAGAACAGCGCGGGCUCCUCGCAGGCCAGCGCCCGGCUGACCGUGCUGUGGGCCGAGGGGCUGCCCGGGCCCCCCCGCAACGUGCAGGCGGCCUCCGUGUCAUCCACUGAGGUCCGUGUGUCCUGGAGCGAGCCCCUGGCCAACACCAAGGACAUCAUCGGCUACGUCCUGCACAUCAGAAAGGCUGCCGACCCACCGGAGCUGGAGUACCAGGAAGCAGUGAGCAAGAGCACCCUGCAGCACGUGGUCAGCGACCUGGAGCCCUCCACAGCCUACAGCUUCUACAUCAAGGCCUACACGCCCAGGGGGGCCAGCUUGGCCUCCAUCCCCGCCGUGGCCAGCACCCGGGGUGAAGCCCCCACCUCACCCCUGCUGUCGGUGCGGGUCCUGGGCAGCACCUCCCUGCAGCUGCUGUGGGAGCCCUGGCCCCGGCUGGCGCAGCAUGAGGGCGGCUUCAAGCUGUUCUACCGCCCAGCGAGCAAGGCCUCGUUCACCGGCCCCAUCCUGCUGCCCGGAACUGUCUCCUCCUACAACCUCAGCCGGCUCGACCCCUCCGCGGUGUACGAGGUGAAGCUACUUGCCUAUAACGAGCAUGGGGACAGCAACGCCACCAUCCGCCUAGUGUCCCUGAGGGGCGCGACUGAGAGGGCCAUCCUGAGCCCACCCUGCGACUGCCGGAAGGAGGAAGCUGCCAACCAGACAUCCACGGCCGGCAUCGUGGUCGGCAUCCACAUCGGGGUCACCUGCAUCAUCUUCUGUGUCCUCUUCCUCCUGUUUGGCCAAAGGGGCAGAGUGCUCUUGUGUAAGGACGUGGAAAACCAGCUCUCCCCUCCUCAGGGCCCCCGGAGCCACAGGGACCCCAGCAUCCUGGCCCUGAAUGGGAUGGGGCCAGGAGAGCAGGAGGAGAAACGCGGCGUGGGCUGCGUGGACGUGAAGGAGCUGGAGCAGCUGUUCCCCUUGGCGGGGGCGGCAGAACAACCCAAACCCAGGCCCACACAGGAUCCCGCAGGUCCCGCUCCGUGUGACGAGACCCAGCGCGCCGUGGUGCCACUGCAGGGCUUCAGCCUUCUGGAGGGGAGGACCCCAGAGGCCAAGGCCAAGGGCCCCUGUGCAGCCCCCGGCCUGGUCAGCGAGGCACCAGCUGCGCAGUCCGCUUGCAUGGGCCAGUAGCCAGUGUGUGGCAGGCGUGGCGGCGGCAGCCCCCCAAUCUCAGGUCAAAGCAAGAUUUCUCCUGUCCUGUGGGGUCCGGGGUGGGGGUGGGGGGCCCGGGCUGCCCCACAUUUUCAUCCUGACUGCCCCUGGGCUUGUCAAGACCUGCAGCAGGCACGGCAAAGACCUCCCCAGGGAGCCGGCAGGGUGGAGGGAGGCAAGCCCGUCACCCACCUGGCAGAGAAAAGAGCGAGCGAGCAAGCGAGGAGUGACCCAGACUUCAGGCCCGCAGCCCCACUGGGGAGCCCCCCCAGCACUGCCUGCAGCCUGCUUGUUCCUCAGGACGGAAUUUGCUAUGUGCGUCCAGCACCUACCUCAGCCGGAAUGAAUGUCCUUGGGUGGGGGUGGGGCCCUGGCCUCACCCCUACAACCCAUGUGCACUCCUACCUCAGCCCGCCACGGGCCUCCCUCCCCCCUACAACCUUGUUGUCCAGAGUUGAAGAAAGAAAAAGACAAAAAAAAAAAAAAAAAAAAAGAAAAGAAAAGAAAAGAAAAGAAAAAGGCACGUCCCAUUUCUAGGUGUGAGAGAAGACAGCUACCUCAAGGCUCGGGUGCUGCUACUGGACCCUCCCUCUGCAGUCCCAGCUGUGCCCCCCACCCCAGAAAGGCUCAGGCCAGAGGACAGGGGCGACCUCUGGGGCCCACAGAAAUGAAGAUGGAAUUGGUCAGAGAAAAUGUGAAAAAAAAAAAAAAGCCAAAAAUUAGAGGAAAGGUGUUCCUGGAAGAAGUAGAAAUUGUCCCAGUUGGCCAUGCCCCAGCCUGCCGCCCAUGCCCCAUCUCCGAUGGUCCAGUCUGCUCAGACCCCACCCUGCCCACCUGGGCCUGGGAGUGAGGACAUCAGCUGCGGCCUGCCUCCUGUCCCGCCCAGAGGCAGGGCCUGUGGAAGGUGCCGCACGGGUGACAAGUGGCAGGUGGCAGGUGCACGUGUGGGCGGUGUCCUCCGUCUCAUGGGACACAGCCGGCCUGGCCCAGCCCUUGGACAGCCACUGAGCUAUUUUUUUAUACAAGGUGUGUUUAGGGUUACUACGUCCUGUGACUUUUUCUCUUUUUCUGUUAUGUUGCUCUCCGAACUACUUAAUUAAAGAAUGGAAGAAAAAAAAAAAAACAAGGAGACAAAUACCUAUUUUUGGUUAUACUCAGAGGCAUUUUUUUAAAUAGCAGAAGGAAAAACUUUUUUUUUUUUUUAAGAAAAUAAAAGCUAAGUGUAUUCCUUAAGAUUGAGAUUAGAAUGUAAAGCCCCGCCCACCACCCUCCGGAGCAGCCCGAGGUCGGAAGUUGUGCUGUUUUCCUAGGGAGCUGGAGCCGGGCCUUGUGGACCCCGCACGGCCGACUCGCUUCUUCUCCCAGGUGAUGGCUGGACGCCGAGGGCCUCCUCCCCCUGGGGGUGGGGACUUGGGGGCCACCUGGCCUCUCUUGGGUUUUGUCACACUCAUUUUGACUGAAUAAAAGUCAUGUUGCCAAAGUGAA